UGUCACUACUCACUUAAGUGCCAGAAGCGAACAGCACCAUCUUUUGAGUUUUUGCUAUAAUUUUGCGCAUUGUUUUUUUCAAAAAUUGUGAAAUAAAAAUAUACUUAAUAUAUGUUUAAAUCGACAUUCAGAAAAUUAAGAAAAUGGAUUCUAGUAUCGAAAAAAGAGUUGCCGAACUUAAAGCAAAAAUAAAAAGUUUCCCAGACUUUCCAAAGGAGGGGAUAUUGUUUUGGGAUAUUUUCUCAGCUAUCUCAGAUGGUCACACAUGUAAAUUACUUCAAGGGUUAUUAGUUGAUGUUAUAAAAGAAAAGUUUCCAGAUGUAGAAGCAAUUGUAGGUGUUGAAUCAAGAGGAUUCCUAUUUUCAUUCUCACUUAGCGCUGAACUCGGUGUCGGUUGUUUGCCAGUUAGAAAAAAAGGAAAAUUACCUGGUGAAGUUAUAUCACAUAAAUAUGAACUAGAAUAUGGAUCUGAUAUUUUGGAAGUUCAGAAAAAUGCUAUUCGUCCUGGACUGAAAUGUCUCAUCAUUGAUGACCUCAUGGCUACUGGAGGUUCGAUCAAAGCAGCGACAACACUUCUAAAGAAAUGUGGGGCCGAUGUCGUUGGAUGUUUAGUUGUUAUAGAGCUGAUGUCCUUGAAUGGAAGGAAGAAUAAUCCCGAUGUAUCCGUACAUUCCUUGAUAACAUAUGAUUGAUUUCUAGAAACAUAUUUUAUUUUAAUAUAUUUUAUAUUUUUCAUAUACAUAUUUUUCCAUAUCAUGUAAUUACUGAAUUUUUAUGUAGGGAUUUUUUUUUCUCUUUUAUGAUUAAAAACAAUGGCUCAAUUUUUAAACAUUCUCACACUAAAGUUCAAAGGUUUUAAGGCUGUGUACAUUUAUAAUGUUAAUAAAUAAAUAUUAAUGAAUAAUAAGA